AAUAUUAUUGAAAACAUUAACUAAUGCAAUUUAAAAAAAAAAAAUUAUAUAUGUUUAGCAGUCAACAUCUUAAAAUCAACAUAUAAAUAAUUUGACUUCAAUUAUGUCAGGAAACAGAACAAAGCUACAAGUCUUUGAUCCAAAAAAUAGAAACUUUCUGUAAAGUACAAAACUUGAUGUGCAUACUUUUCUGAGUUGUUCCCUUAGUUCUGUAGACAGUUUGUUCUGUUUCUGGUUUCUUCAAACUAAUAGUUACGAGUUGAGCAGAUCUAGAUCAGUUCUAAUAUUUGAUUCUUGAACCAUUUUUGGCAGAAGCAUAUGAUGCGCUUGAUCCAGAAGGCAACAUUAUAAUGAAGUGGGAUGUCAUGAGCUGGACUCCUGAUCGCUAUGUUGUAAGUUCAAUAACCAAAGAACAAAAAAAAUCAUCCUUGCUUAUUGGUUUAGAUUCAUUAAACUGUUUAAUUCAGUUCGGUCUAGGCUGUUGUUACCAUGUUCAACUUCCAGAAAUACAGACACAUUCCAUCUCCUGGAUGGACAUUAGGUUGGAAAUGGGCAAAGAAGGAAGUCAUAUGGAGUAUGGUCGGCGCACAAACAACCGAACAAGUACAAAGGAAUAUUACAUGCACAUACUCACAGUUCCUUGCUCAAAGAACUCCAACUUGCUGCGUCUCUUUGUCUUCUUUCUACAAUAAGACUAUUGUUGGAUGUCCUACUUGCACUUGUGGAUGCCAAAACAACAAAACAGAGUCUGGUGCCUGUCUUGACCCGGAUACACCGCACUUGGCGUCUGUUGUCUCACCACCGACUAAGAAAGGAACGGUUUUACCGCCACUGGUGCAGUGCACGAGGCACUUGUGUCCCAUCAGAGUCCAUUGGCACGUGAAGCAGAACUUUAAAGAGUAGUGGCGAGUGAAGAUCACAAUCACAAACUUCAACUACCGUUUAAACUACUCGCAGUGGAACAUGGUAGCUCAACAUCCAAACCUAGACAACAUCCCUCAGAUCUUCAGCUUCAACUACAAAUCUCUCACUCCUUACGCUGGACUAAGUAAAACUAACUCACUCUAUUGUUCUCUCUCUCCCCUCUCUGUGGGUGAUCAUGAAGAUUGUUUCUUUUUGUGUUUUUUCUUUUGUAGAUGAUACGGCAGGGCCUUUUGGGAAUGUGCAGUCUGAGAUUCUGUUCCGUAAGGAUCAAGCAACGUUUACGUUUGAGAAAGGAUGGGCUUUUCCUCGUAGGAUCUACUUUAAUGGAGAUAAUUGUGUCAUGCCUCCUCCUGACACUUACCCUUUUCUUCCUAACGGUGGUUUCAGGCAACAGUUCUCUGUCUUCUCAGCCGUGCUCUUACCUGUUCUUCUCUUCUUCUUGUUCUCCACGUAACCUAAGAUUACCGGUUCGGUUAGAGUUAUGAGGCUCCGGCUGGUUUGAUUUGUAUGGUAGAGUGGUGUAAACGUUAUUUAAUUAUUCAUUUAUUAUAUAGUUUUUAUUUUUCAUUGUGUUCUGUCUUUGUAGAUUGUCGGGAAUACGAAAAAGGUUAUUACCUCAGAUAUACAUUUUCAGGCUACUGUUAAUCUGUUAUACUGUACAUUUUAAUUUAUGUUUA